AUGGCCGCAUGCAGGACCAUCCGAUUGCUCACCAUGGCCUCGUCUCCGACCCCGUCUCCGAUGUACGACCCCCGAUUCACGGGCAACCCGGACACGCAAUGGGGCGCCCAAUGCGGCAACAGCACUCACCUCGAGGCCGCCACGGCCAUGCAAUGGAAUUACAAUUAUCGCCUCUUCGAGACCAUGAUUUGCUGUCGGAUACAGUUCAAUGUGCUCUUCUUUGGCAAAGCAAACAAUCCCGCCCACAACAAAAGAACGACAUACAACCUGGAUCCUCAGCUUCUGGCGGAAAUGGCCGAGCUCGGCGAGAUGCGUAAGAGGUAUCGACUCAGCGUGGACGCCGUCGAGUUUGUGCCAGGCCAAAACCAGCACCUGAUCCGCUCCGUGGCGCCGGUCAUCCCCUUUGGACAGCCGCUGUAUCCGCACUUGGGCGACGAUAUCAGGCAUGGCGCCGGUGACAAUGGAAGCGAGGAGUUCGCCCGCAACACUGUCAACCAUCACCACCACCACCACCACCACGGAUAGCGAAAGCACAUCCUCGUUAUCUUCGUUACUCUGGCUAGAUGUCGCUAUAAGAUUUCCGCCUCUGUUUUAAUAAACCCUGGUGGUCUUCGACUCGUA